CAGCCUUUUAGUUCUGAAUAUAAAUGUUACUGAGAGGAAAUUAGGUUGGUUCGCAGAGAUCAGCCAGACCUUGCAGUGCAUCUUGCUGAGGAGCAGGUACCGCCAACCAGCACUGUGCUUCAGAUACUAGUACAUGCAGAAGGAAAAUGGAAGUCAUUGAGCUUGGAGAUGUUGACCUGAACUGUCCUUCCAACUGCCAAAUUCAUAACACCCAUUUCUUCGGAACUGACAGACAGAUAAUAAGGAGAGGGCAAGCCUUCAACUUUUAUGCUCGCUUCCAUAAUCGGGAAUGGGAUGACUCCAUGGAUCAGGCCAUUUUCACCGUGGAGACAGGUAGUCACACCCAAAAUAUGUGUAGUCUUUCUCAGUCCAUUUCUGGCCUCAGACCCUGCGAGUCAAAUGAGACGAAAUGUACAUUCCCAAUGGGCAGAUGUCUAGAUCAAACCUGCUGGAGUGCUUCCUACAAAAUUCAUCAACCAAAAUGCAUCAGUAUUAGUGUGUUUCCUCCCUCCAAUGCCUGCAUUGGCCGUUAUAUUCUCAAUAUGCAAAUCACAUCUUGUGGUCACACAUACCAGCGAUGUCUUGGAGAUUUUUAUGUCCUUUUUAACCCAUGGUGUGCAGAUGACCCUGUAUAUAUGGACAAUCAGGCUCAAAGAGAAGAGUAUGUUCUGAAUGAACAUGGCAUACUGUAUGAAGGAGUUCACAAACAUAUUACCUCUAGACCUUGGCACUUUGGACAGUUUGAAGAUGGAAUUCUGGAUAUCUGCUUGAAGAUUCUAGACAUGGGUGCAAGUUACCAUCAUGGCUCUGAUCGAGACCAUUGUUGGCGCAAUGAUCCUGUGCAUGUCAGCAUGGUGGUAAACCACAUGAUAAGCAGCCAUACCACUAACAGCAUCAUGAAGAUUCCAGAAAACAAUGAUUACCUGAAAGGAACAAAACCAUUUUCCUGGAAUGGAAGUGUCCCUAUUCUUCAGCAGUGGUAUAAUGGCAGAUGCAGACCAGUCAGAUACGGGUACUGUGGGUCUCUUGCUUCAGUAAUGUGCACAGUGAUGAGGUGUUUGGGAAUUCCAAGUCGUGUUGUCACAAACUUCUGUUUUCCAUGCUCAAAUGAGAAUCCCCUUGGUAUCAAUGAGAUUUUUGACUGUACUGGAAAAAACCUCUGUGGUAAAGACAAGCUAUGGCGGUACCACUGCUGGAAUGAAUCUUGGAUGGCUCGCAGAGAUCUAAAUCAAUGCUGUGGUGAUUGGCAGUGCCUGGAUCCAACACCUUUGGAAACUGGCAGAGGUUCAUCUUGCAGUGGUCCUACAUGGGUUCGAAGCAUCAGAGAAGGGGAACUGGACUUGGACUAUGAUGGUCAUCAUAUGUUUUCUCGGCUAAAUUCGAACUAUGUUGGCUGGCUUUCCCAAAACAAUGCCAAAAAAACAAAAGUUUUCUGUGACACUUGGCCAUGUGGACAACAUCUAAGCACUAAGAGUGUUGGCAGCGAGCAACUGGAAGAUAUCACUGGGAGUUACAAAUAUGAGCUAGGUUCUGUGAAAAGCAAAGAAGCCUAUUACCGGGCUUACAGAAGAAUUCACCCAGGGUACUGCAAUGCUUCCAACUGUCAUAUAGAUAGGGAGUUAUCAUCUCUGAAAAACCCAUUUUUGAGUGACAGCGGUAUUAACAUGAGGCUAAAGAUGACUAACUGUCCAAUGUAUGGUGAAGAUGUCCAACUGCACUGGCUGCUUGAAAAUUUGCGUAGUGAACCCAAAACCCUGAAGUUUAAUUUGUGUGCACAAAUAAUAACAUACAAUGGUUGCCCAAUGGAUCAAUUUUGGAAAGACAGUGUGUCUGUUACAUUGGGUCCGAGAGAAGUGAAAAAAAUCCCACUGUGUAUAUCAUAUAGUCAAUAUGGACCUUAUCUCUGUGAUCACAACAUUAUGAAAGUAGUUGCUGUCUCAGAUCCAGAGUGUGGAGAAGUUCUGAUGGUUAGCAGGGAUAUUGUGAUCAACAGGCCACCUGUUAUUGUUAAGCUAUUGAGCCAACCCAGGCUGAAAGUACCAUGUACAGCAGAGAUCUCCUUCUGCAAUCCUCUCCAGGAAGAUAUGAAGAACUGCAUAAUGACUUUAGAAGGCUGCGGUUUAUUCAAAGAGCCAAUGACCAUUGAUUUGGGAACACUGGCUUCCAAUCAGCAGGCACGGACUAUUGUGGAGUUCACACCAUACAGACUGGGCAGCCACCGGCUCCUAGCCAACUUCGGAUGCCACAAAUUUGCCUACUGCAAAGGAUGUGCCAAGGCUGAAGUGUGUAAUCCUGUGGGGCAGAACGGCUCCCUGCCCGUGGGGCAGAAUGGCUCCCUGCCCGUGAGCCAGAACGGGUCGCUGCCGGUUUGUGAGAAUGGGUCCCUGCCCGUGAACAGCUCUGGGCCGGUCCCUGUAGGGGACCCUGGGUUCAACUCCAUGUGUGAAUACAUAUGCAUCCCUGUGUGCAACCCGAACUGCAACCCAGGGGGCCCGCCUGUGUAUGACUUCGUGUACCUUCCUGCGGGCCAUCCCUUAUGCAACACCAUCUGCAAUCCAGGCUUCAACCCAAACAUCAAUCCUGGUUUCGACCCAGGGUGUGAUCCUGGCUUCCGAGUUAUAUGCGAGACCAUGCCUCCCGCUACGUGUGCCCCAAUGCCUCCGCCCAUGUACGGCUCUAUGCCGGUCCCAUCGUCCAACCCUGUGGGCCCCCCUAUGCCACACGUGGUGUUCGAGACAGGGCCCACUCCUGCACACCAGCCUGGAGGUGGAGGGGGGCCGAUGUCCUAUUCUGUCUCUGUCCCAGCAAAUAAUGCGGUGAGUGCCCUGCUGACCCAUUUCAUGGCUGGCCCCAGUCCCACUGCAGCAGCCCAGGCGGUCCCCACCCAUCUGCCAACCCACCCUGUGUGCUCUUCAGUUGCCAACACUGUCGGCAGUCCCAUGCCACCGCCUGCAGCCAUUUCAGUGCCAGCUGCCUCCCUCUCCCAUGUUGUCUGUGGCUCCGUGCCCUCUCCCACAGCCCAGCCUCCCUGUGGCUCCAUGGCCACCCUUCCGACCCAGCCCUUGAGUGCCCCAGUAGCCCAUGCUGUGUGCUCCCCAGCUCCCUGCCCUGAAGCUUCUCCGGUGCCCCGCUCUGCACGUAGCUCUACCCCUGCAGGGCUGCACCUUGCUGGCUCCCCAGUCCCCCGCCCUGUGGGACCCCCAGCAGCUCACUCGCUGUGCUCCCCAGCCCCCCGCCCCGUGGGACCCCCAGCAGCGCACUCACUGUUCUCCCCUGCCUCCAUCUCGGUGGGAGCUGCAGGGGUCCGCUCUGCGAGCUCACCCACCCCUUGUCCCGAGGAUUCGUCAACCACCUGCUUUGCAUCCCCCCCAACUCCCCGGCCUCUGGCAGCUGCCACAGCCCGCUCCCUCUGCAACCCUUCCUCUCGCUCGGUCUCCCGGGCUGUCUGUACCCCAGGGUCUCGCUCCGUCUGUGGCCCUCAGUGGGGGCCCUCCUGCACUACCACCACCACCACCUCCCGCUCAGGCUCCCACUCCACGUGGACUCCAACCUCCCGUUCAGCAUGGAGCCUCACAGGGCGCUCGGGUUACAUCCCCUUCUCCCGCACCUCCUACAACACGCUCACAGGCCCUCCCUAUAGCUCCUUGUCCCGCUCCUACAACACUUUGUCCCGCUCAGCCUACAACACCCUGCCCCGCUCUACCUCUCCCUCUGCUUACGCUACCCUGCCUCGCUCUGGCUCGCGCCCCACUGGAAGCGCCCUGACCCGCUCUGGGGCCCGCACCCCCUGGAGUCCCAGCAGGGGUACUCUCUCCUACUUCAAACGCAAAUACCUGUAA